AUGGGUGUCUCCAAUCUCAUGUCCCGGUUUAAACCCCGGGCCGAACAACAAGAACACUCCGAGUCGGCUACCCCAGCUCGCUCGGAAUCUCACCUCGAAAAGGACCAUCAGAUGCUGGACGACAGCCCCGUCACCUACCUCACCUGGCGCUCCUUCAUCCUCGGUAUCGUCGUCUCCAUGGGUGGUUUCAUCUUCGGUUACUCCACCGGUCAGAUCGCCGGUUUCACCACCAUGGAUGACUUCAAGAGACGGUUCGCCCAGCGUCAGGCCGACGGUACCUAUGCCUUUAGCAAUGUCCGGAACGGUCUUAUCGUCGGUCUGCUCUGCAUCGGUACCAUGAUCGGUGCUCUGGUCGCCGCCCCCAUCGCCGACCGCAUUGGCCGCAGAAUGUCCAUCUCCUUCUGGUCCGUCAUCCACAUCGUCGGAAUUAUCAUCCAGAUCGCCACGGACUCCAACUGGGUUCAGGUCGCCAUGGGUCGUUGGGUCGCUGGUCUGGGUGUCGGAGCCCUCUCCAGUGUCGUUCCCAUGUACCAGAGUGAAUCCGCGCCCCGUCAGGUCCGGGGUGCCAUGGUCAGUGCCUUCCAGCUGUUCGUCGCCUUCGGGAUCUUCAUCUCCUACCUGAUCAACUUCGGUACCGAGAGCAUCAAUUUCCACCGCCUCCUGGCGCAUCACCAUGGGCAUGGGCUUUCGCCUGGGCUCCUGAUCCUGGGUAUCGGCACCCUGUUCCUCCCCGAGUCCCCUCGCUACGCCUACCGCCAAGGCCGCGUCGAGGAGGCCCGCGAGGUCAUGUGCAAGCUCUAUGGCGUGGGUCCCAACCACCGCUGCGUCGCUCAGGAGAUGCAGGACAUGAAGGAAAAGCUGGACGAGGAGCGCGCUGCUGGCAAGGCCUCGUGGUAUGAAAUUGUCACCGGGCCCCGCAUGCUCUACCGUACCCUGUUGGGUAUCGCUCUGCAGUCCCUGCAGCAGCUCACUGGCGCCAACUUCAUCUUCUACUACGGAAACUCCAUCUUCACCUCUACCGGCCUGAACAACAGCUACGUCACUCAGAUCAUUCUCGGCGCCGUCAACUUCGGCAUGACCCUGCCCGGUCUCUACAUUGUCGAGCACUACGGCCGUCGCAACAGUCUCAUGAUCGGCGCCGGCUGGAUGUUCAUCUGCUUCAUGAUCUGGGCCUCUGUCGGCCACUUCGCCCUUGACCUUGCCAACCCUCAGAACACCCCGCAGGCCGGUGCCGCUAUGAUCGUCUUCACCUGCUUCUUCAUCGUCGGCUUCAGUACCACCUGGGGUCCCAUCGUCUGGAGUAUCUGCUCCGAGAUGUACCCCGCCCGUUACCGUGCCAUCUGCAUUGGUAUCGCCACCGCCGCCAACUGGACUUGGAACUUCCUCAUCUCCUUCUUCACCCCCUUCAUCUCUAGCUCCAUUGACUUCGCCUACGGCUACGUCUUCGCCGGCUGCUGUUUCGCCGGUGUCCUCGUUGUCUUCUUCUUCGUCAACGAGACCCAGGGCCGCACCCUCGAAGAGGUCGACACUAUGUACGUCCUCGGCGUCAAGCCCUGGAAGAGCGCCAGCUGGACCCCGCCCACCGGCAUCGUUGAGGACAUGCACCGCGCCCCCGGCACUCCCAAGAAGGAGGUCGAGGCCGAGCACCACAACGAACCCAGCGAGGUGCGCGAGUAA